GCAUGUCCUUGUGCAUCCUUGACACCUGCAUAAGGCAACCACACACCACCCUUUGGAAAACAGACGGUCUUCGAGAAAGGAUUGAAGAUUCGAGGUUCUGAGGAUUCAUCUCAAUCCUGAAAAGCCAAAAGCUAGCAUUCCGUCGCCUCAAUUUCUCCCUGCUUCGAAUUGUUUAUUUCGAGAUUCAGCUAUGUUGACAGCUAUCGGCCGGGUGGCGGCGGCACGCGUGCUGGCACGCAGCAACCUGAAGCUUCUGGUCCGAACAACCACGGCCACUACCGCCGCCCCUUUCACCUACCUGAAGCCGACACCGGCCCGAAGCUUCACGACAACACAAUGGACGCGUGCUGCGGACGAGGCCGACGACUCGACCAAGUCCGGCGCCUCCAAGAAAGCUACAAAGUCAACAGCAUCCCAGGCGGCAAAGAAGGCUGCGAAGCCGAAGUCGAAGCCGAAGCCGAAGCGGAAGCCCAAGAAGAAGGCGGCAAAGAAGAGGACCAUGUCGCGGGAGAACCAGCUGAAGCUGGAGAUUCGGCAUCUCAAGGCUGCCACCCUCCAGGACGCGCCCAAGAAGCUGCCCCAGACGGCGUGGACGGUCUACACUUCCGAGGGCAUCGCCCAGGGCAUGGGCGCGGUCACCGAGCGCAUGAAGCAGCUCAGCAUCGAGUACAAGUCUCUCUCCUCAUCCGAGCUUGAGCGCCUCCAAGAAAAGGCCGACGAGAACAAGACCGCGAACCACGAAGCCUACAAGGCAUGGUUGCAGCAACAUGACCCCGAGACUAUCUACGCCGCCAACGCGGCCCGCGCCAGGCUGGACCGCCUGCUCCCCGAAGGCCGCUACAAGAGCUACCGCACUCGCAUCCGCGACCCGCGCCUGCCGAAGCGGCCCAGGUCUGCCUACACCCAGUUCUCCCAGGAGCGCUGGGCUACCGGAAACCUCACCGGCAGCCCCCCCGAGCUGGCGAAGGAGAUUGCUGCCGAAUACAAGGCGCUGCCCGCUUCGGAGAAACAGAAAUAUAUUGACCUCGCGGAGGUUGAUCGCGAGCGCUACGUGAGGGAAAUGGAAAUUGUGCUGAAUAAGAAAGUCAAGAGCCGUUCUGCCACUCCUCCUUCCCCGUAAGGGCAGCGCGAUUCUCCAUCGGCACUCCAUCGGCACAUAAUAUCUUGUAUUACCCCUGACUGGACUCAAAGUUCUUUUCCUGUACUAGCAUUUGACGGGGCGGUGGUUAAGGUGGUGAAGUCGCGAAAGUUGGUUGUUGGUUUCUCGGCACUGUUUGAUCGGAGAAUACUCGUUAAUUCUGUCACUCGGGAUGGCCGUUUCCAUGACGAGGCUGGGAUGGUCGACUCCGUUCUAUUGUGAAAGGGUGGGUUGCCGGCGAGGAAGCCUAGUAUAACUGUAUCGAUACCAAUUUUACCGGAUUCAUAUUUGGCAAAAUC